CCCAGCUUCCAUUUUGUUGCAAAUCAGACAGUCGAGAGGGAGUAGAGAUAUACACACAUUUCUAGAUAUAGCAAUUUCUACAUUCAGAGCGUUCAGACGUCAAUUCAACAAUCUCUGACAAAGGGCUUUUACCAACUAAGCCUGAGGAAGUCGAUCGGCUUCUUUGAGCAUUUUCGUGCGCUGAAGUGAAUUGAUGUUCUACUCGGCUUCACGGGAAAACGACGCUCAUUGGCACAUGACAACUCCAGAUCUUGCUGGACCUAAAAGUGCAGCGAGAAGUAGACCGAAGACUACUUCGAGGACCUGGAGCCCAAUUGGAAAGGAGAAAUUAAGAAGGAAACAUCUCUGCACAUUCAACUUUCUAACAACAAAGAGGUGACACAUAGUCUGGAAAGUACAGUAUGGGAGGUGGAGAGAGGUACAACAUUCCAGUGUCCCACCCAGAGCGCCCAUUGCCCAAGAAGAACCAUCAGCUGGGCCGGGCCAAGCAGAGAGUUGUCCGCGAUCAGAAUGGAGUGACAACCGUAGCAUCCUCGGGGGCGGCGGGAGGUCCUUACCAACAUGGCCACCGCAAGGGCGCAGCCUACCCCUGGUUUCCAGAGGCGCGGCUGGCCGCGUCUGCUGAGAAGAAAAACACUUCUGUCCGUUUUGCCAAUGCCUACGAUCAGAAUUGGGAGGGCGCUGUGUCUCACCUGAACAUACUUCUGGCCACCCAGUGUGGCGGCCCGAGCUAUGCAGGGGCCAAGUUCAGCGAGCCACCCUCCCCCAGCGUGCUGCCCAAGCCCCCCAGCCACUGGGUCCCCAUGGGUACUCGUGACAGCAGGGAGAUGAUGGCCUUCCAGCUGAAGAGCCUCCUCAAGGUGCAUGCCUAGAGAUGGACUCCCAUAACCUGACCUUUCAAAGCCAACGUGUGAACGAAGGCUCCUACCUGCCUUGAACGCCCCAGCGUUGUAAUAUACUUUUGGCUAUUUUAGAUUGAGGUAUUCGAAGGGUGGUAGGCAUGUUGUAGGGAAAUCUCUGCAGAUGUUUGUCACCCUUUCUUUUUCUUUCUUUUUUUUGAGAACCACAGGUAUUACAGCGCUGCAGCCUUGUUGGUGGGGGAGAAUGCUCUCAUUGGAGUCUGUUUCUGUCACUAACGAUGAACUGGAUAUCCUUCGUAUUUGUGCUCUGUUUUUUUGUUUUGUUGUUUUUUUGUUGGCCGUUAUAGCAAGUCUGUGGGCUUUUCUUCCCAAACGGUAGGGUUGGAUACUGUUAGUCAUAACAUGUUAAUGCAGUCUCAUUCACAGUCCAUUUCUGUGGACCGGUAAUUCUUUGGCACGUUAAGUUCUGUUAAUCAUUAAGGAUUUCACUUCUGACAACCUAGUGCUGCCUGAAGCACAAUUUACAAUAGUAGCAUUUUUUUUUUUGACUUACUGUUUUCCCUCUGGUUUUGGGGGGGGAUGUAAAAUCCGCUGUUCUGCAGGGAAACCAGAGCUAUCUUUCAGGAGGGAAUCCGCUGUAGUAGUGAGUACAGGUCACAAGUAUAACCUCAAACUGAAGUGUAGAGGCUAUGGCACACAGGCCUUGGACGUUCAACUCCUGUACUUUUUUAUUGCGCUGUGCGCUCUGCACUAUGGCAGUUGUUCUGGUCCAAGGCCUGCAGCUCUAUCAUACAAUUAUUUUGUCUAUUUGUGAUGUGGUUAUUAAUCAAUGAGUCAGUUUUGUCUUAACCAAACCAAUGUCUCUUGCUGUAAUUCUUUUUUUCACCAUCUCUCCCUUGUAUGUCUGACGUGGUUACCAGUGCCAUAUCACGUUGGCUUGCGUGGCACAGAGAAUUUGGUCCUCUGGGUGACUUUUUUUCCAACGCAAUCAGUACUGCUAUUAGCCACUUUCAAACUAUCUCCUUCCCUACUGAAACCCCACACAGUAAACAAUGCAGAGGAGGGCCAGAUUCAACAGGAACGUGGAACUGUACGUUUCACAACCUCGAUCUCCUAUGCCAUGGCCCUGUUUGCUGUGUGGCAGUUUCACUGUUUGCUGUGUGGCAGAAGUGCAACGUUGAGAGAAGUGCAUAACGUGGCACAGAGGACGUUAGGCGCAAGGCCAGUGUGGAUCUGUUUACAUUUAAAGUCUCCAGAAGCAAUCUCCAGAUACUCACUGCUUCCUGCACCCUACUCUUCUUGCACUGCAAUCAAAAUAGUUUUUAUAAGUUACAGGCUGAGAGGCCCUUUUAUCAGUGGGUGGUUAAUUGACUAUCUCCCUCUAGGUUCUAAUUUGAGGGGAGGCCGUCUUUUAUUUUCUUUGCAGAAUGGGAACUGGAAUGGCCAUCUUAGAGACAACAAAACGGAGCUCACGAGCUUGAAAUAAGUUAAAGAAAAAGAGCCAUGUAAAUAAUGAAAUGUGUAAAAAUACUUGUAGCAUAUGUACAUUUAGCAGUGUGUUUUUAAACCUGCUUCAUAAAGUAUUUUUAGUAAUAACACUGAAUGUAUAAGUCAUGCUAAGGACAUGUCUUGACUUCAAAUACUGAAUAUUUUUGUAAAAAAGAAUCUGCCUAUAGCAUUUGUCAAUACCCCUUCACUGUGUAAUGUCAGUAAUCUUGCACGUGUUUUUUAUUUUGUAUUGUGCACAGUGUAGGGCAAAAAAAUGCACUGUGCAAAAAAAACUUAGCUUACAUUUGACCUUUUGAGGAGACUUCGAUAUGUGUGAAUUGUUACAUUAUUUUAAGUUUCCAGGUGUGCUACAGCCUGAAUACAGCCACUGGGGGCUGGUUUCCCAGACAGAUUGACCCCAAACCUGGCUUAAAACCACUAUUUCAAUGGAUAGUCUCCAUUGGAAUUUCUUUUUUUUCCAGGACUACUUAUGAUCUGUCUGGAAAACGUGCCCUGAAUUGAGUUGUUCGACUUGAUUGUGCCUACAUUUUAACCCAACAUUGCAAAAUUCUGUUGUUGAUCAACAUUGAUUUAUAUUUUGUGAUUAGGUAAUGUUAUUCAUUGACCAAAAAUGUGUGUCUUAAAACCACCUUCAAUUAUCUGCUGUUUCUUCUGCCAGAAGAUAAUUGAAUUUGGCCCUGUGUUAUUGUCAACCUGUUUUGAUCUGUGUGUUUAAAUGCACUGACAUUUCUUUUUAAAGAACAAAGAUGUGUUCUGUUGGUUUCUGAUAAUGAUUCAUACAUGUAUAAGUCUCUUUGUCCUAAAUUUGAAACUCAAGGGUUUCUCAACGAAUUGGCUUUUAAUUUGUCCCAUUUGUUUACUGUCACCAAUGAAUAUGAAAUUAUGCCACAUGUCCAAACUUGAUUCAAUUUGACUUAAAAAAAAAAAAAGAGGAACUAAAGCACUGCUUUAAUUGGUCUAAUCAAAAAGUAAACUCAAAAAAAUAAAAUCCCUUCCCUUUCCCCCCUA